UGUAUGAGCAACACGAGAGAGUGACUCCAACACCUCUCCCCAUCUCCCGUCGCCCUAGGGCAAUCAAAACCCACGUCGUGUCCUGCGUCGUUUCAUUGCUUGCUUUCACCCUUCGUUCAUUCGUCCUCCCAAUUGUUCCCUCUCUCUUAACCCUACCUCCUCCUCCGCUUCUCCCCCCACCACCUCCGCCUUCCCGCUUCCCUCCCACCUUUCUUUACCCCAGACGAGAAAAAAAGAAGAGACGGAGAAGCUUGUGAGAAACGCCACACACACAGACGCACCCACAUUCCAGUCUGCUGCUGCCCGCCAUGCAGUCAAGACAGCGAGCUCUGCAGUCCCUCAAGGGCUGCCGCUCAUUUUCCACCUCGGCUGCACGGCCGGCCAUCUCACCCUACCGGAGAGCGGCACAGGUAGCAACCUCCAAAGUCGUUCAAGAAAAUGCACAGAGAACACAGUCGACCGCCGCCGCCGCCGCGACCAAGGAGACGAGAACCCGGCCGAGCCCGGCCUUCAAUCGUGAAGAUUGGAGCGAUGUGCAGCCACUGAAGCCAUACCGCCAGCCCGAGAUGGACCAUUCCUUCGUCGGCAUGAAGGGUGGAGAGAUUUUCCACGAAAUGAUGCUCCGUCAGGGCGUCAAGCACAUCUUUGGAUACCCCGGCGGUGCCAUCCUCCCCGUCUUCGAUGCCAUCUACAACUCAAAACACUUCGACUUCAUCCUGCCUCGACAUGAACAAGGUGCCGGCCACAUGGCCGAGGGCUAUGCUCGCGCCUCCGGCAAGCCCGGCGUCGUCCUCGUCACCUCCGGCCCCGGCGCCACCAACGUCGUGACUCCCAUGCAGGAUGCCCUUAUGGAUGGCACCCCCAUGGUCGUCUUUUGCGGACAGGUCCCGACCAGCAUGAUCGGAUCCGAUGCUUUCCAGGAAGCUGACACGAUCGGCAUCACCCGAGCCUGCACAAAGUGGAACGUCAUGGUGAAGAAUGUUGCCGAGCUGCCGAGACGCAUCAACGAGGCUUUUGAGAUUGCGACGACGGGCCGUCCCGGACCUGUCCUCGUCGAUCUGCCCAAGGAUGUCACCGGUGCUGUCCUUACGCGUCCCAUCCCCAUGCAGAGCACCCUGCCCGUCCACCCGAGCGCCGCCAUCCUUGCCGAGCGAGAGGUCACCAAGAGGCAGCUCGAGACGUCGAUUAAGCGCUCCGCCGACCUCAUCAACAAGGCCAAGAAACCCGUCAUCUACGCCGGUCAGGGUAUGGUCUCCACCCCCGAAGCUCCCAAGCUUCUCAAAGAACUCGCAGACAAGGCCUGCAUUCCCGUGACAACGACUCUGCAAGGCCUGGGCGCUUACGAUGAGCUGGACGACAAGUCUCUGCACAUGCUGGGCAUGCACGGCUCCGCCUAUGCCAACAUGGCCAUGCAGGAAGCCGAUCUGAUCAUCGCUCUCGGAGCCCGCUUCGACGACCGCAUCACCGGUAACGUCCAAAAGUUUGCCCCAGCGGCAAAGGCUGCAGCGGCGGAGGGCCGUGGUGGCAUCAUCCACUUCGAAAUCAUGCCCAAGAACAUCAACAAGGUCGUGCAGGCGACCGAAGCCGUCGAGGGCGACGUUGUGACCAACCUGGCUCAGCUGCUGCCUCUCGUCAAUGAGGUCAAGGAGCGGCCGGAAUGGUUCGCCCAGAUCAACGAGUGGAAGGCCAAGUUCCCCUGGGCAUACGAGAAGGAGGGCGAGAACGGCCUCAUCAAGCCCCAAACCGUCAUUGAAACGCUCUCAAACCUCACUGCCGACCGAAAAGAGCAGACCGUCAUCACCACCGGCGUAGGCCAGCACCAGAUGUGGGCCGCGCAGCAUUACCGCUGGCGCCACCCUCGCACAAUGAUCACCUCGGGUGGUCUUGGUACCAUGGGUUACGGUCUCCCAGCCGCCAUUGGCGCAAAGGUGGCCCGCCCCGACGCCCUCGUCAUUGACAUCGAUGGCGAUUCCUCCUUCAGCAUGACGCUCACCGAGCUCUCGACAGCGGCGGAAUUCAACAUCGGCGUCAAGAUCAUCGUGCUCAACAACGAGGAGCAGGGCAUGGUCACCCAAUGGCAGACUCUCUUCUACGAAGACCGCUUCGCGCAUACCCACCAGCGGAAUGCGGACUUCGUGAAGCUGGGCGAUGCCAUGGGUGUGCAGGCGAAACGUUGUGUGAAGCCAGAGGAGCUGGUGGAUAGCCUGAAGUGGCUGCUCAACAGCGAGGGUCCGGCUCUGCUGGAGAUUGUGACGGACCAGAAGGUGCCUGUGCUGCCCAUGGUGCCGGCCGGUUCGGCCCUGCAUGAGUUCCUGGUGUAUGAUGAAGCUACGACGAAGAAAAGGAGACAGCAAACGAGAGAGAGAUCGGGUCGUUAAGAGAAUGCUGCCUUUUCAUUGAGGUAUCGCUUCUUGAGGUGCUUGAUUUCUCGCUUCCUUUCUGCAUCGUGUUUCCUGGACCUUUUGAUGCUGAGUUUUGCAUACCCGACGGCCGACAUACCACCGCAUCCUAUCCUCUUCUAUCCAAGUCCCAUUCUUUGGGCCUUUCUCCGUAUAAUUUUCUCGCGUGUAUAUUUUGGCGGCCAUCUUCUGCUGAUUGAGUGGGCGUCCGGCAUCGGCGUUUUUCAUGACUGGAUUUUGGACGUGGGUGCAGUAGGAUGAGCAGACGUGUGUGUGCGAUGUUGUCAAAUGUAGGGGCGAAACUGAAGGCGAUGGGGAAUGGCAGGAUCUAUAUAGUGGGGGCCAUAGAGGAUGUAGAACGGUCACUUCUGCCGACCGUGAAAAGUCGUUAUAUACCAGAUUAUCGUUUUGUUGAAGAA